UGUAUAGAUAUAUUUCCUAGUGGAAAAACCAGCUUAAGCUGGUAGCUGUGUUUUGGAACAUAGUAGCUGGUUUAAGCUGCUCAUAAGAUGGUCUUGAGCUGGUGGUCUCCCAGCUUGGACCAGCUUAAACCUGCGACCAUGUUCCAAAACACAGCUACCAUUAUCCCGCUUAAUAUAAGUCUACUGUUCAAAUAAAUAAAUAAAUAAAUAGAUAUAAAAUAUUAAUUUGACGUGAAAUUACUACCUUACUUGUAGAGAUCACAAAGUGAUACGAGUAGUAGUAAAGAUGGCUUGCAAUACCUGGAUGUCCGGUCUGAUAUCACUUAAUUCAAGGAUAUGCGGUUUUCAUACAGAAAUAUCAGACUGCUAGAUUUACCAAACAGAAUCAAGUAUGCCAGAGAAACACCGUUCAAAUGAUUGGAAUCAUUAAGACAUUUUUGUUUUAUAAAGUAAUUGAUGCUUCUGUUCACCAAGGUUGCAUUAAAUUAUGGCAAGCCGAAUUGACUUUUAAUCAUGUGCAGGAAAUUAAUGACAGAUAUUUAAAAUUAAUUUUCAGUAGUUACAAUGCAAAUUCUUUUUUUUUUUUUUCUCCCCUUUUUCUCCCCAAUUUGGAAUGCCCAAUUCCCAAUGCCUAAGUCCUCGGGGUGGCGUAGUGACUCGCCUCAAUCUGGGUGGCGGAGGAAGAAUCUCAGUUGCCUCCACGUCUGAGACCGUCAAUCCACGCAUUUUAUCACGUGGCUUGUUGAGCGUGUUACCAUGGAGACAUAGCGCAUGUGGAGGCUCACGCUAUUCUCCUCGGCAUCCACACACACAACUCAACACGUGCCCCACCAAGAGCGAACCACAUUAUAGCGACCACGAGGAGGUUAACCCAUGCGACUCUACCCUCCCUAGCAACCGGGCCAAUUUGGUUGCUUAGGAGACCUGGCUGGAGUCACUCAACACGCCCUGGAUUCUCGCGACUCCGGGGGUGGUAGUCAGUGUCUUUAAUCGCUGACCUACCCAGGCCCCACAAUGCAAAUUCUUGAUAUCGAACCAUCUAUUGAUUAUGUGCUCACAGACAGUAAUGAAGAAGAAGAGUCACCAGCCACCAUGAGAAAACAAAUGUCUUGUAGCUGGUACUCCGACGAUCAUGCUAAUUCUACACAGAUACAAAUGGAGAAGUAUUCUGACAAGUGGACUGACACUGAGGUACAAACCUUACUUGGCAUUUAUUCGACGGAGGAAAUCCAGAGAGGUUUUGAGUCGUCGAAGCGUAACAGCAAAGUGUACGCAAAUAUCUCCGCACAACUGUGUGAGGUCGGGAUCCACCACAAUGCUAAACAGUGUCGGGAAAAACUGAAAAAACUGAAGCAAGACUACAAAAAAAUAAAAGACCACAACAACCAAAGUUGCUCGGAUCGCCGGACUGGAAAAUGGUUUGAGACCAUGGACGCAAUCCUUGGUCACAAACCAGCAUACACUGGAAAGGUGGGAAGAAAGUAUCCAGCAGCCGACCAUUUGGAGCCCGUGGCCAGCGACACCGACACGUCUGCUGAAGGACCGUCUAUUGAUUAUGUGCUCACAGACAGUGAUGAGAAAGAAGAAGAAUCCGCAGCCGCCUUAAGUGAAAAAACACCUUGUAACUGCCACUCAAGCGAGUGUGCUAAUUUUUUACAUGUAAAAAUGGGGAAGUAUUCUGACAAGUGGACUGAUUUUGAGGUACAAGCAUUGCUUAGCAUUUACUCAUCAGAGGAAAUACAGAGAGGUUUUGAGUCAUCGACACGUAAGAGCAAAGUGUACGCAAAUAUCUCGGCACAGCUGUGUGUGGCUGGGAUCCACCACACUGUAAAGCAGUGUCGGGAAAAACUUAAAAAACUGAAGCAAGACUACAAAAAAAUAAAAGACCACAACAACCAAAGUGGGUCUGAUCGCCGGACUGGAAAAUGGUUUGAGGCCAUGGACGCAAUCCUUGGUCACAGACCACCAUACAAUGGAACUGUAGAAAGAAAGGAUUCGACAGCUGUCCAUUUGGAGCCUAUAGCCAGCGACACCUCUGUAGAAGAACCAUCUGUUGAUUCUACUGUGCUCACAGACUGUACUUUUGCCAGCGAUGCCCCUUCGGCCUCCAGCACCCCCCACCAUCCAAUCUCUACUCCUGCUGGCUCGCAUGUGAGACCAGGAAAGAGGAAAAGAGAUGCACUUGUUAUGGCACUUAAGGAAAUGAGAGAGAUGGAGGAGGCAAGGCAGAGAGAAGCCAGUGCUGCUAUGGAACGUUUUUUACAAAUGAUGGAGGAGCAUGAGUCAAGAGAGGCUGCAGCACGGGCAAGGGAGCUGGCAGAGCAUCGGGAAGAAGCCGCAGAGGCAAGGCGCCAGCAGGCCGCAUUUCAGCAGAGCUUUCUGGCCCUUUUUGCAAAGCUUGUGGAGGGUGGACAGCCCCCUGCCCACCCAACACUGGACUAAACCUGCUAUUAAAUAGUAGCUAACAAGUUUCUGUUCAUUUAGCAUUUUUAACAUAUAUUCUGCACAAUCUGAAAUUUCUGUUAUAUGUUCUAAUUGAUUGUUUCUGUUUUUCUAUUGGUUAACCAACAUGUUUGAAUAAAGAUUUUAUAC